AUGAAGGUCUUUUCGUCCACGUGCAACUUCGACUACUCCUGGGAUGAGGUCUCUACAGCCAACUGGAGGAAAUACUGCCCAUGGAAUGACAAGGCCACCCAUGUCGUUGGCGUAGAUACCCUCUCUCGCACCAUCGAUCCUGAAACCGGCAUUCUGCGAACCGAACGUCUCAUCACUUGCAACCAGUCGGUACCUCAGUGGGUCUCUUCGCUCUUUGGCGGCAACGCCGUCUCCCACGUCUACGAGAUCUCCUACGUCGACCCGGCGGCCAAGAAGGUCACCAUGUGCUCCACCAAUCUGACCUGGUCCAACGUCCUCAACGUCCGUGAGACCGUGGUGUAUCAGCCAUCGUCUCUCGCGCCGACCACCUCGACGGAAUUCACUCAGGAAGCCAAAAUCACAGCCCUGUGUGGUGGCUGGCAGAAGAUCAAGAACAAGGUGGAGGAGGCAAGCGUGGAGAGAUUCCGCGAGAAUGCCAAGCGUGGCCGUGAAGGAUUCGAAACGGUUCUUGAAAUGAGCCGUCGCGUAUUCGGCGAACAACGCGACCUCGAGAAUCAACGCCUACAGUCCUGA